AUGUUUUCUUUAAGACUCUCCAUUCCAUUAGAGAAAACUCUAAUAACAUAUUCUACACCAAACACAACCAGUAACUCUAAUUCUAACUAUUACACUCAUCGAAGUUUUCUUCCAUAUUCUUGGAAACCCGUUACUAAACGCAGCACAAACUCCACGGCAUUUAAGGAUGAGAUGAAAGGAGAAAGUUUUGUGGACGAAGAAUUUUCCAAAUUGGAACCAUUGCCGGGAGAGCUGCAGGCGGAGAUGAUGCCAAAGCAUGUGGCGGUGAUUAUGGAUGGGAAUGGGAGGUGGGCAAAGAAAAAAGGCUUACCGGUGUCUGCCGGUCACGUUGCCGGUGUGAAGUCGUUGAAAACGGUGGUGAAGCUAUGUUAUAGUUGGGGAAUAAAAGUUCUCUCCAUUUUCGCGUUUUCUACAGAUAACUGGAAUCGGCCCAAGCUGGAAGUUGAAUUCUUAUUUACACUCUUUGAAAGAUCAAUACUUUCUCAAUUUGAAGAAUGCAAGAGGGAAGGAAUUAAAAUAUCAGUGAUUGGAGAUACAUCAAAGCUCCCCAAUUCUUUGCAAAGAAUGAUAACUAAUGCUGAAGAGAAUACAAAGAAGAAUUCGAAAUUUCAACUUAUUAUUGCAGUUAACUAUGGUGGAAAAUAUGAUGUAGUCCAAGCAUGUAAAAGUAUAGUCAAGAAAGUGAAAGAUGAAGUUAUUCUUUUAGAAGAUAUUGAUGAAAAUAUAUUUGAAAAGGAGUUGGAGACAAACUGCACCGAGUUUCCUUACCCGGAUUUACUUAUCCGAACAAGUGGAGAACUUAGAGUUAGUAAUUUCUUGCUAUGGCAAUUGGCAUACACUGAAUUUUGCUUUGAUAACAAACUUUGGCCAGAUUUUGGGAAGGAUGAGUUUAUAGAGGCCUUAAUAUCAUUUCAACGUAGACACAGACGUUAUGGUGGAAGAUAUUAA